GAGACCUCCUUGACAGAUUGAGGCAGUCUGAAGUACUUUCCUGACCAAGUCGAAUAUCUCAGGACCUCUUCAAUCAUUCAGGAUGUAUGUGAUACCCUUGUCCUGGAAGUGAAUUAGCAGCUGCCUAAAGAUCCUGCUGUCAUGACUCUCUGAUGUGGACUGUGCUCUGGAAUGAUGGGCUUAGGUCAUGAGCAAGGAAUUGGAGCCCCCUGUCGAAAAUGCAAAGAGAACUGUGAAGGGUUUGAACUACAUUUCUGGAGAAAAACAUGUCGUAACUGCAAAUGUGGGCAAGAAGAGCAUGGCGUACUCCUGAGCACUGAGAGGGACAGGAAAGUUGGAAGACUCUUUGAAGACGCGAAGUACAUCAACCUGAUCGCCAAGCUGAAAUCAGAGGCAAUUCCAACACACAAACCCAAUGUAAUGGUAUUGAGAAAUCCAGUGCCUGCAAAGAAGAAUGAUGCCAUUAACACUGUUACAUAUGAUUGGAUUCCCUCUGUCCAGAACAAGGCACUGGCUAGGCAGUACAUGCAGAUGCUGCCUAAGGAGAAGCAGCCAGUGACAGGUUCAGAGGGGGCACAGUACCGGAAGAAGCAGCUGGCGAAGCAGCUCCCUGCACAUGACCAGGACCCUUCUAAGUGCCAUGGGUUGUCUUACAAUGAGAUAAAGAAGAUGAAGCAGUUUGUGGAGAAAUACAAGAGUGAGGCUCUGGGAGUAGGUAAUGUGAAACGUCCCUCUGAUAUGAAUGCUCAAGGUGACAAGGUGCACAACCCAGCUGGAAUUAGAAACAGCACAGCAGUAGUGGGCUCCAAGGACAAGUCUAAGGAGUCUAAGAAGACCCAAUAUACCUGUUACUGCUGCAAACACCCCAUGAAAGAAGGAGACCCAGCUAUCUAUGCUGAAAGGGCUGGCUACAGUAAACUCUGGCACCCGGCUUGUUUUAUCUGCAGCAUCUGUGGUGAAAUCCUGGUAGACAUGAUUUACUUCUGGAAGAACGGGAAGCUAUACUGUGGCAGACAUUACUGUGACAGUGAGAAGCCCCGCUGUUCUGGCUGUGACGAGCUAAUAUUCAGCAAUGAAUAUACCCAAGCAGAAAACAAAAAUUGGCAUCUGAAACACUUCUGCUGCAUUGACUGCCACAAUAUCCUGGCAGGAAAAAUAUAUGUGAUGCUCAAAUCCAAGCCUGUGUGCAAGCCCUGCUACAUGAAGAACCAUGCUGUGGUGUGUCAAGGAUGCCACAAUGCCAUCGACCCAGAAGAGCAGAGAGUAAUCUACAAAAUAUUCAGCUGGCAUGCAUCCACAGCAUGCUUCCUAUGCUCCUGCUGCAGCAAGUGUCUUAUCGGAGAAAAGUUCAUACCUGUGGAAGGGAUGGUGUUCUGUUCCACGCAGUGUAAGAAUAUGAUGUACUAAGAGGAGUAUACCAAGCAGUAUGGAGCCAUAGCUGUCCACAGCAGCCUGCAUUUCAUGAUAAAUUUCAAUUUGAAAGAAAUAAAAGGAAAAAUAAACCUACAUAGCAAACCAGAA